GACUACUCGGCCCGUCGGCACGGCUCGUCGUACUUCGCACUUCGCAGUGUCGUAAUGCUCGUCCUCUAGUGAACUUCUUUCUUGUUUUCCACGUCUUUAACUUCAAUAGGCAUAACCAUAUACCUACUUACUGUUAUUAUAAAAAUGUUUUGUACACGUUUAAAUAGAUUGUCGUACACUCGAUGUUUUCUACCAGCCUUGUUUGUCAAUAAAAACGAAUACGACGAGGAAGGCACUGAUGUUUUAGAUAAUAAAAAAGUCGGCGGCUGGCAAGGUGUUGUAAACGCUUUUUCCCCCGAGUGAGAUAACAUUUUUUUUUUACCCAUCUAAAACAAUUAAGUUUUAUUAAAUGUAUUGUUUUUUUUUUCACAGCGAAAAUGGUAAUCCCUCUACAGAUGUAAGAACUAUAUCUUCGACAAUAUGUUACAGUGCUCUGAUCGGCGGUGUUUACGGAAGUAUAUCGUAUAGCAAACGAGCUUAUGAAGACUUUUUCCUGAAGAAUCAGUCCACUCUCUUCCAAAAUCAGUUUGAAGCCAAAGUAUGUCACGUUUAUGAUUAAAUAAAAUACAUCAUUUUUCCACAUUCCAUCAUUUUUUAUAGUUACUAUACUCACCUAAAUAUAAAUUGUAAUAAUACUAGGUACCUACAUAUUAAAUAUGAUGUACUUGCUAUUUCAUACCUAAAUACCUAUUCAUUAAAAAAUAAUAAUUAUCUUGGUAUUAUUAUGUAAUUUAAGUUUUCAAUUUUAUAUCUAAUCUAAACAUUUUAUUUAUUUAGGCUAAACUUCAAGCAAAAGUAACACUAGCAAUGGGCAGAGGUGUUUUUAAAUGGGGUACCAGGGUUGCAUUGUUCUGUGGUCCUUUCACGUAAGUUUAAAAUAUUACCUAAAUUGUAUUAAAGUUAAAUCAAUUGCUAAUAAGUACCUAUUUUAUUUAAAAUAUUAUUAUUUAGACGCGAUCUGUUACACUACCAUAUUUGUGCUAAGUGAUUUCUAUAUUUUCUUAUUAUAUUUUAUUGUUUUGAUGCAAUGAUGUGGACAGAAAUAAUAAGCAUUAAGCUAUUAGUCAUUUUUAUAAAAAAUUUAUUCCAGUUAAUUGAUUAAGAUAAUUAAUUUAAUCAAUGUUUAUUUACUUAAUUAAUUAAGUUCAAUUGUAGAACUUUAUAAAUCAUUGUUGUUAAUGACUCAAAAAAUAAAUCACAAUCAUUAAGUUAAUAAGACACAAAUUCUAACUAGAAGGGCUGCGCUAUCAUAAUUGAUUUGGUGAUAGGGAGUAGCAAAUGUCUGUUGAGACGUUAGGUAAAGUUGUUUUAAGAUUUUAGAACACUUGAUAAUCCCAUUAACCAAUUAUAAAGUAAAUGUAAUAUUAACUAUAUUCUACGAUCAUAGAGACAUAAGCCAUUUAAUGAACCAAGCAUUAUUAUUAUUAAAUUUUUAUCAUAAACUAGGAUAAAUUAUUACACCAGUCUUUGACAAAUUAACUAUACAAAAUAAAGUACUUACUACUAACAUAUUAAAGGAAAUAGAAAAAGAAUAUUUCAACUUUUUAAAUAUAAUAUGUGUGUAGGUAUUAACUAUCAACAUUUAUUUUAUGUUUUUUAUUAACUUGUAGGACUAUAGUAGCCAUAGUUAAUGCUUAUAAACAAAAUGUUUCCGUGUGGAGUUAUACAAUAGCUGGUUUAAUUGUUGGUGGAUUUGCAAGAAUAAGUAUGGGAAUGAAUGGUAUUCUAGUUGGAUCUACAUUGGGUAAGUCUUGAUUCUAUAUUCAGUAUUUUAUAAAAUAUUUAUGAAGUAGAAUCGUUUUAUUAUUAUUUAUACUGUAGAAAAGACAAAUCCCAGUAUUUGUAAUUAAGUAUGAUAUUGUCUAAUUAAUAAUAAAAUAAUUCAUACUUUAGGCAUUUUCUGUAUUUAUAAGUAUAAUAUACCUAUAAUCUAUUCAGAAUAAGAUUGAUCCAAUUUUAUGCAUGAAGAUUGAGCUGCCUAAUAAGUCUGGACCCCUAGUUGAUGAUAUAUGUCCUAUAAUUUGUCAUUGUUGCUGCCUGUAGGAGCGUGCACAGUUGGUGGGGAUAGUCUUGUGGUGAGGAUGCACCAACAUGACAUGUUUUUGUCAUCUGAGUGGUUCAAUCAUAUUCUUAAUAGAGAAUACAUAUAUAUAUUAUUAAUGUACCUAUUAAUAAUAUUUUGGGUACUAUGGUACUUUACUAAAGUAUAAGUAUGUGGAAUAUUAUAGGUACAUGUAUUAUCAAGGUGGGUAAAUAUAUGUGGCUUGGUAAUAAAUAAAUUACUAUAUUUAUAUUUGAUAAUAUUCAUUUUUUUAAAUUUAGCUACGUUUAGUAUUCUUUUCACAUUAUCAGCCCAAUUCGCAAUAGUUAUAACUCUUAAAUAGAAACAUGCCAGAAAAAACAAAACACGUCUAAAACUAAAUUUUAUUUUAUACAAUAACUAAAUUUAACAAAAAUAUGAUGGUAUUAAACAGAUAGAGUUAGGCUUAUUUCGUAAAAAUUACUCAACAACUGAUUUUAUGGACAAAUAAUUGUCCAAUAAGAGUGAAAUUGGUCUUAAACUAUGUGUGCAUUUUUUCUGAUAAUAAAAUGCAAUAAUCUCAAUUUUGGAUUUUUGGAGUUAAGAUUUUUGUGAAUUAGGUUGAUGGUUGAGGUACAUCCUCAACAAUACAUAGAGUUUUUUUUGAUUUUGCUUAGGUAUUUUGGUAAAUUACCCCCCUAUUACAUCUACCAUAAAUUACUAUUUUUCUAAAUGUUAUGACUGCAGAAAAUCCUAUUAUAAAAGUUUUUUAUUAGAUUUGAAUAGAAAUUUGUUUUGAAAUUUUAAAGUAAAUAAAUAAUUUAUGUGUGGAAUAAUUUUAGGUUUGAGAAAUACUAUUUUGUAAUGCAUAUUCUUAUUGUCAAAUUUUAAUUUUUUAACUGACUAUUGCUUAAAACUUGAUCAAAAGUAAUAAAUACUGAGGGCUCUGGAUGAAUUAUCAUUUAAAUGUAAACAUUGACUUUGUACAUUAUAUAGUUUGACGAUUGAAGGUCUUUAUUGCACACUACUGUAUUUUGUAGGUACUAAUCCUCUUCAUUUUAAAGCAUUGAUUCACUUCUCACCUCUUUCUUUAUUAUUUAAAGAAAAACUACCAAAAAUAUGCAAAAUAAAUAAUUUAGCUUAUUAACAAGUAGGUACUAGUAGAAAUCAUUAGUGAAUUUUGAAUACAAAUAAGAAAAAUUAGUACUUAUAGUACACAACUAUUUGUCUUACUUAUUAGUUAUAACUUAUGUUAGUCAAACAAAACUACAUUGUAAUGUCUUAAAGAAAAAUAACUUGUUCCUCAUUUGAUCUUUUUAAAAUAAAUUAGUUAAAAAAUUAAAAUAUGACAUCUUAUAAAAAUUGAUGUGUUGUAGAACAGUAAAAUGUAUAGAACACUAUGCCUUAUGAGCUGUUGAGCACUUGUAUAGAAUACUUAUGACAAAAAUAUGUUUAUAAUUUGACUAAAAUAAGGUACAAGAUAUUCAGUUAGAUAAAGAGUUUCUAUUUUUAUUAUAAUUUUAAUGCUUUCUUCAACAUAACUACUUUGGAACAAUUAUAUUGAAUACAACUUUGUGUAAACAAACAAACACUUUAUUAUUGAUGUCACUAUUUUAAUAAUUUAUUGCUAAAUGUAUACAUGUUACAUACGUGUGUACUUAGUCAUUUAAUAUGAAAUGUUUAUUUUAGGAGCCAUAUUAGGUGCUGUAGUUGGAGGUCUUACAUUAUUAGUGUUACAAUUUUCUCCUUUAAGUUUGCAUGAAUUAAAUGAAUGGCGAUCCCAAGCUCAAAUAGAUAGAGACGAGUAUGUAUUUAGAUAAUAGUAUAAAACAUUAUAGAACAUAUCACUAUGUUUUUGUAUUUAUUGUAGAUUCUUUAUCAAAGAAACAAAAACAUCCAAGUUGUUCCAAUAUGAUAACCCGCCUGAACUAUUAGAACAUGAAAAAAGGAACGCAUUACCAAAUGCAAAAACUGUAACAACAAAUUAUGAAGUAAAACAUUAAAGUAAAUGUUUGUUAUGUUUAUCUAUUUAUAUAUCACAAUGAAUUUAAAUCUACAAUAAAAACUAUAGUUAAGUUUACGAUACAUUAGUAAAUCAACAAUACACUUAUUAAAACGCACAAUACAAUUGAGAAGUAUGGUGUGUUAGUGUUAGCUAUGGAUGAUACAUAAGGAUGUGCACCUCCAACAAAUGGCCACCAUUUGUCUAAUGUAGUUAUCAUAUUUAUACGACUAUCAUUUUUAUUAUCUAUAAAUCCAUAAUGAUAUACAUUUGGAUUUUUAUAUUGCAAUUCAAUGUCUUCUGGAUAUAAAAAUGAAACUAAUCCUUUUCCAUUGUAAUUUCCACACUUCGGAAAGCCUGGUGGAGGUGGCAACAUGUCCCAAUCUUCACCAAUUUUAAACACAGUUGCCAUGCCAACUUCAACAUGGAAUUCAAUAUGACAAUGAAAUAACCAAUAACCUAUAGAAUUAAUUUAUAAUUAUUGUAAUUUUAAAAAUAAAUACAGAAAUUCAAAACAUCCCAAUUACAUAGUUAGGUACACACCUGGAUUAUCAGCUAAGAAUCUUAGUAUUGUAAAUCCACCAUCUGGUACCGUUACAGUAUCUUUAAGAGGAGCAGAUCGUAAAUUUCUUACAAUGCGCCCAUCUCUGUCCAUCUGUUCAAUCUCUUCUACUGAAGUAUGGUUUCCUACUCUUUCCAUUGCGAUCACUCUAAAUGGAUGUCCGUGUAAAUGGAAUGGAUGAUUUGCAUUAUAUGUUACUCCUUAAAAUAAAAUAUAUAGUUUACUUAAUAAAAACUAAUGUGUUUUAAAUUUUAUUAUUAUUUUACCUUUAUCAAUGAGAAAUAGUUCAACAAUUGAUCCUAAUGGAACUUUGAUAAUAUUAGUACAUUCACAGAAUUCUUUUGAGCAAUCUUUUUUAAUGUGUUCACAACUCAUCCAAGGUUGUAUCAUUUCUUUUUGAGAUAAUAAUGGAAAUGAUUGAAAUUUGAAAGUCAUAUUAUUAAUUUGGGGUGUAUAAACACGUUCUGCUUUAUGCGUCACUAAAACAUUAAUAUGGAUAUUAUUUUAUUAGAUUAAUUUAAUUUAAAUAAUAACUUCAAUAAUUCAGAAAAAACAAUUAUUGUUUACCUUGUUUGAAACCAUAUAACAUAGGUUUAUGAAAAUGUGGAUUAUCUAAAGAAUAAAAAUCGUAAGACAUAAACAGUGUCAUGUCUGGUUUUUUCUCUAAUCUAAGAUCGUUUAUUGGAGGUAUUGCAUCUUCUAAUUCUGAUACUGUAGCAGAGUCCAUUAGGCCUGAUCCUUUAUUCAAUGCAUUUAAUUGCUAUCAUAAUAAAAUAUAUAAAAAACUAAUUAAUUAAAUGUUAUUAUAAAUACAUGAUUAUCAGAUUAUUUAUUUUGUUCUAUUUACAAUUCCAGUAUGAAUUGAAUUAUCAUAUGUUGGUAUAUUUUCUGGUUUUUUAUUAUCGGCUCCAUCAUAAUGCAAAAUUGCUACUUCAAAUGCCUUUGUGAAACGUUCAUCGCAAUCCAUUAAACCUUUAAAUCGCAUCCAAUAAUUUCCAAUGUCAGCUGUUGCUUCUAAUACAAAAUCCCAACGUUCACCAGCAUAACUUACUAAUGAAUCAACUAUAAACACAUAUAAUAAAUUAUAAGCCACUGUGUUAAACUAAAUAAUGAUAUAUCAUUUUUUUAUAAUUUUAAGAGUUAGAGCACUAUAUUAUUACCUACUACCGGUUGAAUAUUAUAUCCAUCUGUUGCGAUCAUUGUAAAUGUAUGAUUAUCAAUACUCAUUGAAAUGGGACAAUUUAGGAAUCCGGCAUUAAUCAGUCUAAACCUAUAUCGUUUUCCCUAAACAAAAUAAUACAUAAAUAACUAUUAAAAAAAA